CUGUGGGCGGGGCAAAUGGGCCGCUGCUGUGGCCGCCAUUUUUGUUUCUCCCUCUCUCAUUCUUCCCUUAGCGUGCGAAGUAUCGGCCCGUUCGGAGCUGCAGGAACCCGGCAGUCGGAAUUGAAGAUGGCGGGCAGACACCAGGCUAAGCGUUUCAGGUUCGACAGGGAUGGUGGUAUUGAAGACCUCAAUAAGAUUUCUCCAUCUCCUGUUAUACACAUCCGAGGACUGUUGGAUGGGGUAAUGGAAGUUGAUCUUAUGGAGGCUCUGCAGGAUUUUGGCAAUAUCAGUUGUGUGAUGCUGAUGCCCAGGAGAAAGCAAGCAUUGGUUGAGUUUGAGGACAUCGCUGGUGCAUGUAGCUGUGUGAAUUACGCAGCAGAUAAUCCGAUCUACGUUGCUGGACAACUGGCCUACGUUUGUUUUUCCACAAGCCAGAAAAUUGCCAGACCAGAUGAUGAUGACUCUAAAAGCAAUAAAGUCCUGUUGAUCACUGUUGCAAAUUCUAUUUAUCCCAUCAACACUGACAUUCUGUACACUAUUUGCAACCCUUGUGGGCCUGUUCAAAGGAUUGUCAUCUUCAGAAAGAAUGGAAUACAGGCAAUGGUGGAAUUUGACUCUGUUCAAAGCGCACAGAAGGCCAAAGCAUCCCUUAAUGGUGCCGAUAUCUAUUCUGGAUGUUGUACUUUGAAAAUAGAAUAUGCUAAGCCAACUCGUUUGAAUGUCUUUAAGAAUGAUGCUGAUACCUGGGAUUAUGUAAACCCUAAUCCUGGUAGACCAGAGCCUUCAAACAAGCGCACUAGAUUGCCUGCCUUGCUUGGUGAUGCUCCAUCUAACUUUGGUCAUGGCUACCCUCCUUCAACAUACCAUGGCUAUUACGAUGAUGAGGAUGAUGAUGACUAUGCUCCACCGCAUCACUACGAAGGCAGGGGAAUGGGUCCUCCACCACCACCACCAUCAGGGGGAGGCCCUCGUAGGGGUCCACCUUCACGGCGGUACUCGGCUCAAUAUGGUGGUGCAGCACCACCACCUCCACCUCCGCCACAUGCCGAUUAUGGUCCUCUGGCUGAUAGCCCAGUCCUGAUUGUUUAUGGGCUAGAUACUAAGAGGAUGAACCCAGACAAGGUGUUCAAUAUCUUCUGUCUUUAUGGCAAUGUGCAUAAGGUUAAAUUCUUAAAAAGCAAACCUGGCGCCGCCAUGGUGGAAAUGAGUGAUGGAUUUGCAGUAGACCGAGCCCUAACAUGCCUGAACACUGAAAAUUUUCUGUUUGGCCAGCAUAUAAAUGUAUGUGUGUCAAAACAGAAGGUAAUAGUUCCUGGCCAGUCAUUUGAGUUAGAGGAUGGCUCUUGUAGCUUCAAGGAUUACUCAACUAACCGAAACAACCGGUUCACAAAUCUGAAACAAGCUGCCAAAAAUCGAAUCCAGAAACCUAACAACAUGCUGCAUUUCUUUAGUGCUCCUCCAUCUGUUACAGAAGAAAUAUUCCAGCAGAUAUCUGACAAAGCUAACGUGAAGAGGCCUAAAAGUAUUAUAUUUUUCAGUGGAAAAACUGGAUCAAAAGGAAACCAAGGUGAGAAGAGUUCUUCUGGCCUUCUGGAAUAUGAGUUGAAGAGUGAUGCUUUUGAGGCAUUAGUUAUGCUGAAUCACUACAGAUUAAAGAAUCCAGAUGGGCCUGACCUGUUCACGCUGAAACUGUGUUUCUCUACUGCCUAAAAUGAUCCUGAGCAUGGAACCAACUCAUCGAGCAUGGAACCAACUCAUUGAGGCUGAUCGUUGCUUUUGAUGUAUCUUUCUUUUGCUUUUGCUUUCUUUAAUGCUGUAAAGUGCAGUGACCCAUGGAAAGGAAUUUGUUUUCCAGUGCAAGGGCAGUUUUUUUAGAUUUCCCAAGAAUGAAUGGUUAGUGAAAUGUGACUGUGCUAGUGGUUAGUAUAUAUGAACAUUUGUUUGGACUUGUUUAAUUAUUGGAAGAUUCCUGUACUGCAGAGAACUGUACACUAUUGUGUUACAGCUAAAAAGUAUUAAUAAAAACACUUUUUAGUC